UGGAUGAAGAUCUGCAGCAGAACCAACCUGGGAAAGGUUUAAAGAACUAAACACAGAAAAGACUUCUCAAAUACUGUUUUCUGUUUUUACGACUUAUUAUUUCUGCGGCAAUAUGUUUUCAAUUUGUCCACAAAGUUUGCAACUUGUGGCUCUGAUGUUUGGGUGUGUUGCCUUGGAAACGACCUGGAACAACAGUGAAAUCAGAGAGGGCUCAGGCUACAAUGACACAACAUUCCCCCUACGAGAGUAUUAUGAAACCCAUCAAGAAGUCAGCUUUAUCCUAGAUGGCUUUGGUCUUUCUGAAGUAUCAUCCGACCAACUCGUCAGAGAAAAUGUCGGCUUAGCCAGACCCAGCAACUACCAUGGCACACCAUCCAACCACCCAAAAGAAGACCCCAUCUCUCCCAAUGAAUAUGAUGGCAGUGUGGCAGGACGGCCCUAUCCUAAAAUAAGACCAAACCGAUGCAACUGUACUAAAGGUACCCAACAUAGUCCUGAUGCAAAUCCUCUGCAGUCUUCUAACCACAGCCGGUACAAAAUCUCAGAGGAGGCGCAGCUGUUUCUAACAGGACCUGUGUCUACCAUCCUCAUCCCGUCCUUCUAUUCGCUGGUCUGUCUCAUCAGUUUACCCAUCAACAUCUGUGCAGGGCUGGUCUUCAUUAAAAAAAUAAAGAUUAAGAAGCCGGCAGUGAUCUACAUGCUGAACCUGGUCUGUGCUGACCUGCUCUUUGCCAUGGUGCUGCCCUUCAAGAUUUCAUACCACUUCAAUGGAAACGACUGGAUAUUCGGUCCAGCCAUGUGCCGUGUGGUCACCGCAGCCUUUUACUGGAACAUGUACUGCUCCGUUCUGCUCAUAGCCCUCAUCAGUGUGGACCGACUUCUCGCUGUGGUCUAUCCUAUUGACUCCCUGUCUUGGAGAAGUCCUAGAAAUGCCAUCAUAGCCUGUGUAGCCAUGUGGAUACUCUCCUUUGCUGGCUCGAUGCACCUCCUCUUCACUGAACAGACUUUCCACCUUAAACAGUUGGGCAUCACCACCUGCCAUGACAUCCAACCCUCAAAGCUUUUCUUGUGCUACAAGAUGUAUUUCGUCACUCUCUGCUGCCUCCUCUUCUUCCUGCCUCUGAUCAUUACCUUGGUGUCCUACACUCGUGUGAUCAUGACCCUGAGCAAGGACCAACCAGGAGUUCCAGACCAUUCACUUAAGAAAAGAAGAGCAGUCUUUUUGUCUGGAACGGUACUGGUGAUGUUUGUUCUGUGUUUCACACCCACUAACCUCGUCCUCAUUAUGCACCAGCUUAAGGAUACAGAAGGAGCUCAGAUCAAAUACAAUGCAGACAUCCUCUACAUAGUCUAUUUGAUCUUUUUGUGUUUGGGAAGUCUGAACUGCCUCCUUGAUCCCCUGGUCUACUACUUUGGCUCAUCCCAAUUCCAGAAAGAGCUAUUCAGUAUGCUAGGGUGGAAGAAGAAGAAACAGGACCCCAGUGGUGGUCCAUCUUCACCUGGUCCAAGUGAGCCAACCAGCCAAACAAACAUGAAAUCCAACCACCAAGAAAACUACAAAAUAAACACUCCACCCACCAAGAGUGACUCUUCUCAAGCAAACCUUUGCAGCCAGUGCAAGAAACAACUGGACUGAUAGGCACACUCAGCAGGUAUCAAAGGUGAAUUUUGGUGUUUUUAAACCUGUAUCCUCCAUUUAUUUUAGAAAUUAAAUUACUUUAGACCCUCAAAAAGUUGUGGAAUAGCUGCAAAGACUGCACCAGUAUGUGUCUGUAAGACAGGCUUUAAUGGCUGCAAUGUAUUCUUUCAGGGCAAGCUGACUGAUGGAAAAGUGCAUGAUAGAAAAGUGCAUGUUUUUGCUACUGGCAGACUAAAACUGUUCUGAACUCAAUAUGAGACUGUUACAGAGAGGAGCUUCAGGAAUUGUCUUUCCUUUUGUUAAGUUAAAAUCUUUUUUCAAAGGUAUACGCGUAUAUCAGAGAGCACAUGUCCAGUAGACGUUGCUCUACAGCACCAGGGUCUGCCACUAUUUGCCCAUCGUCUCUCUUCGGGUUUCAGGGCUAACAGUUGGAAAGGGAGAUGUUUACGCAAAAAAAGGAUGAAACAUCUUUGAGCAUCUUAGAGAAACAAACAAGCUGAAAGAAGCACUAACAGUUUUAAAACAGAGAUCAGAACAGCAAAACCAGAGGGAGUUUUACUUCGCUCUUUUUGUAAAUAGUCAUAACUGAACAAUAGUUUCAGUUACUGUAGAAUAUAUUUGAGAUCUGAUGUAUGAAUGUUAAAAAUGUCGCAAAAUAUACUUUUAAAUCUGCAGCUGUUGGCAAAAACAAUCUUUUAAUCAGAAUUUAACAAAACAAAGUGGCUAAUUUUACUACGCAGUAAAAGUAACAAGGUAAACCAAGACACUAGAUGAUUGGUGGAAGCAGCAGAAGAAAAUCCAGAUUUCUACAAAAUCUAAAUCAUUUUGUAUGUUCAUGGAGUGCAUGGCUUUGAAGAUCUCAUGCAUGUCAUCCGACAAUUUUAAAGGCAAUCAGAGUCUGUCAAUUGUAAAGAAGCUCUUUUAGGGGACUUUUGGUUUAAAUGUCCUUGAAAAUAAGCGAAUGCAGGCUUGAACAAAAUUCCACUAAAAUGUCUCCAAACUUUGAUAACUUUGCUUUUAUUUAGACCUGAAUUACAUAAGGGUCCAGGUUUAAUCAUAUUGUAUUCACCCUGUAAUCAUAGUAACUUAACUGACUCUAACCUGUAUUUUUAACAGAAAUAUUCUAUUAAAGUCCAAGUACCAGCACAUAAAGAACACACAGUUAAUCAACCUUGUAAAGCCGUUUUCAAACAUGCAGUCCGCAAAACAUCUAGAUCAUUUCGGGAGGACUGCUAAUUACAUGCAUAGAGAUCGUAGUGGUCGCGUGCAGACACUCUAUGCACCGUGCAGCAGCCACAGUAUUAAAAUGUCACUCCCUCCUCCUAUUGGCUCGAGGUGAAUUCUCCGGAGAAUAUCCUGCUGCGUUGUCACAUCAGCUCGUUCAGACUUGCUGCAUAAAAAAAUACUAGGGGUCUGGCAGGAGAAACUCCGGGUGAAGUCAGAGUGAUAAAAUUUGGCUGUUUGCGUUCACAUAUAUGCAGCGCCUCCUGGAAGUUUUUGUCCGUUUCAUGAAAACAAUGUUCAUUGACCGACAUUCUUUCGGAGUGACUAAUGAAGUAAAACAAUGUAAGGAAGUUGAAGUUUGAAAGUAUUGUGCCUUUUAGAAAACUCUGCUGCACAAUUGAUGCAAUGAAAGACUUUUGUUUUGCACUGCAUUCAUUAUAAGCACCAAAUUAAUCUAUACAUUUUACAUUUAAUAAAACAAACUUCAUAUUGUAACGUGUUUCCUCUAUUAAAAUGUUUGUGGAAAUCUUUAAUUCAAGCACUUGUGUUGUACUUUUGAUAAAUUGACAAUCACUUUGUACUUAAAUACUUGCCCUUUUUUUACACUGGUGGGUUUGAAUUAAUAACAUAUCUUUAUUUUGAAUUUUUGAAUUUCCCUCAGGAUCAAUAAAGUAUCUAUAUAUCUA